CUUUGUUUUUAAUGUGCUCAAAAUAGUCAAAAUUGUAAAAACAUAAAUUUAUACCAAAAAUAAUGAUGUGAUGUGUUCUGAUUAUUAAUAUUAAACAUACAAAUUUUAUGAAAGAAGAAUGUAUUUUCCAAUUGGUUGGCCAAAAGUUAUUAAAAUUCCAGAAUUGGGUCAAUCCACAAUCAAAUACAUUACUUGUAAUAGAGAUAGGAUACUAUUUGCAAUUUUAGCUGACGAUACAUUAGCGAUAUGGUUCUGCAAGCCUUGCCUUCCUAUUGUUUUUCAUCGUCGCUCAACAAAUUCUGUAGAAAAAUUUGGUGCCAAUGUAACUGCAGAAUGGAAACCAGACUCAAGUAUGAUUGUUAUUGCAACUUCAGAGGGACAUUUGCUAUUUUACAAAGUGGGAGUCCCAGCUGACAAUAAGGGGCUAUAUAUUCAAACUGACCCACCUCAUGCUAACUUGAGAAGAGGCAGUGCUGAUUUAUUCAUCAAAGAAACAAUUCCUCCAUUAUCAUUAACUUUGAGUGAUGAGAUAAUGGUAUGGGAUGGUACAAUAACAGGAAUGGUAUGUGUAACAAUGAUGGAAAUAAUGGUUUCAACUACAAAUGGGCAUGUACUCAGAUACCGCUGGGAUGGUAGUCAAAAUAGAGACUAUACCCUUGACCUCAGGAGGAUUCCUUUCUGUAUCAAUCAACAAGUGUCAAAAGCAGUUCCUAUAGUUGAAGAAAAUACUUAUAUCACAGAAAUAGAGUAUUCACCUUUAGCUGGAGGAUUCUCUAUAGUCUUGAAUGAUGGUAGGGCAGCUUUUCUGACUGCUUCUUCUCUCAAAUUUGAUCCUAAUCAAGUGCAAGGCAUUUGGGCACAAGGUAUUGAAGAUGCCACUUCUACAACCAUCAACCACAAGUAUAGAUUGAUAACUUUUGGUCGUUCAAACUCAGAAUGCAUAGUUUACUAUGUAGAUGAAAGCACUGGUGGCUUGGAAAUUUCUCACAAUUGUGUUCUCAGCAGCAAAGACUAUCCAGGGUAUCCUGGAGCUGUGGGCAAGGUCUUAUGGACUCCUGAUGGUUGUGCCUUAGUGGCUUCAUGGUCUAAAGGGGGUAUAGCAAUGUGGUCAACCUUUGGAGCAUUACUCAUGUGUUCCCUGGGCUGGGACUAUGGUUUGAAUGUGGAUAUACAUAAAUUCAAUCCACUACAAGUCACAUGUAUGGAGUUUUCAACUGAAGGAUAUCAGUUGUGGAUGGUGAAGAGGAAUAUUGAAAAUAAAUUGAAUAGUAGUAAUACAGAGAUUGAUGUUAAUAGCAAUGUGGAUGGCAAAACUAGUGUGGUGCAGUUGGAAUUUGCCAGAAGUGCUUUAACAAUAAACCCAUCCAUGAGUCACCAAAGUCAUUUAUACCUCCAAGGCGAGGACAAACUGUACGUAAACUCAGCCGACACCCUCAUUCGGGCCUUUUCGGAAAGAUCGAAAAAAGACGAACUCUUCGGCGACAAUCCUUCAUCCCUAACGACACCCCUAGCAGAGGGCCGACAGUGGCUAGUCAUCCCUGUGCCCUCCGUUUAUUCCUCCACUAACUGGCCGAUAAGAUACUCAGCUAUAGAUUCGGAUGGCCUGAAUAUUGCAGUAGCAGGCAGAACAGGUCUAGCCCACUACUCCAUGCAGUCACGAAGAUGGAAGCUAUUCGGGAAUGAAACUCAGGAGAAAGACUUUAUCGUGGCUGGGGGUUUGCUUUGGUGGAGGGAUUACGUCAUCAUGGGUUGUUACAGUAUCCUGGAUAACGGAGAGGAGCUGAGGUUCUAUCCACGCGAUUCGAAGUUGGACAAUAAGUUUGCGAAAAUUGUACGAGUCGGUGCACCGAUUUUGUUGAUGAAUAUUCUACGGGACCAGCUGAUUACGUUCGGAUCUGAUGCUCAGGUCAGCAUUUGGCAUAUGCAACAGAACGACACAGUCGGCGACGUCACCAUAACCAAAAUCCAAGCUGUCGAUGUGUCCGCCCUGGCCGCCCACCCGGCGUGCAUCACCUCGGUGACCCUCACCUCGCUGCGCACGGCGGGCGGCAGGGGGCGACCGCCCGCCGCCGAGAGCAUGGUGCUAAACGUGGGCGGGCGGUUGGUGUUGGUGGAAAGAGAGGCGCGCGGCGGGGAGAAGCACGCCUGCUUGAUGCCGACGGUGUUGGCCGAGUGCGUGGAGAAUGUCUGGGUGCCGGGGCAGAGGCGAGCGGAUAAGGCCCAUUUGACUGAAGCCUUGUGGCUAUUUUGUGGAGCUCAUGGUAUGAGGGUCUGGUUACCUCUGUAUCCUAGAGAUGGUGAUAAAACACAUACUUUCAUGUCAAAAAGGAUUAUGUUACCAUUCCAUUUAAAAAUUUACCCGCUCGCAAUACUCUUCGAGGAUGCAAUAAUAUUAGGAGCUGAAAAUGAUACUGUCCUAUACACUUCAGAUUCUACCUCUCCAUUUUCUUUACCUUUAAGCGUGCUCCAACGAACGAGUCAGGUUUACCUGCAUCAAAUAUUGAGGCAGCUGAUUAGGAGAAAUUUAGGAUACCAUGCCUGGGAAAUAGCAAGAAGCUGUAUGAGCCUGCCAUAUUUUCCGCAUUCCUUGGAAUUACUCUUACAUGAGGUCUUGGAAGAAGAGGCAACCAGUAAGGAACCCAUUCCAGAUGCCCAGUUGCCGAGCGUCAUAGAGUUUAUUAUGGAAUUCCCGGUAUAUUUACAGACGGUAGUGCAGUGUGCGAGAAAAACCGAAAUAGCUCUGUGGCCCUAUUUGUUUUCCGCUGCCGGAAAACCAAAAGAUCUCUUUCAGGAGUGUUUGGCCAAAGGGCAGUUGGAUACUGCAGCUUCAUACUUGAUCAUUUUACAAAAUUUAGAAACCUCUUCUGUAAGUAGACAGUAUGCAACACUGCUUUUGAAUACUGCAUUGGAUAGAUCAAAAUGGGAGUUGGCAAAAGAACUUGUACGGUUUCUCCGAGCCAUAGACCCGAACGACGCCGACUACGAAUCGCCGCGCACCUCCUUCAUCCUGCCGCCCAAGCUGGGCGGGUCGCAGCCCACGCCGCCCGUCACUCCCAACGCCGACGACCUGUCGCUCAUCCUGGGCAACGUGCAGGGGCCGCGGGCGCGCAGCUACAGCACGACGGUGUCGCCCAAGCUGGUCGAGCGGCAGAACAGCGGACUGGGCAACAUCGGCACGGUGGUCGAGUCGCCGGUGCCCGAUCGGAAGCGUUCCGUGCCGAGUUCGGUGGGGAAUGGUAGGAGCGAUAGUAGAGCACCUUCCAACAGUACUUCAGAAGAGUUUUUCAUAGACGUGAUAUUACAGAAACACGCUCGCAGACUGUUGUCCGCUCGACGUUUGACUGAUCUCGGUUAUUUUGCAGCUCAUUUAGAUAUCCACCUAGUGUCAUGGUUGGCCAAGGAGAGGAACAGGGCCGCCAAGAUAGACGAUUACGUGAAAGCAUUGAAACAAAUCCAUGAGGAUUUCAACUGGCCUUAUCCGACGCCAACCAUGUCGGUUUCCAGAAAAAGUGUGUCUUCGUUGCAAUCGCCUCUGGAGAGCCCCACCAUCCAGCUCGAAGAGCAGCUGAGGGCGCUGAAAAUGGACGCGUUCGACUUCCGGACGGCGUCGAGCCGCGUGGGCGACAGCGGCUACAUGUCCUUCCAGGGGCUGCCGCGCGUCGGGCAGGCGACGCCGCCCCACACCUCGGAGGCGGCUCGAACCGAGACGGUGGAGAUGUACGACGACAAGUCGCCUGACAGUAAUGAUAAUUCGGGAAUGAAGAGUACCGUCCGAUUAUCCGGAUUAGAUGACAUUAGUUGUGCCAGUUCGGUAUGGGGGGACGAAAGGGAUGUUAGUGUUAGUACCGAAAAUUGGGAAAUUCCGUCCACGCAAAUAUUGGAGCAGCUGUCGAAUAGCGACAGCAAGGGGUCUCACAGAUCUGAGGUACAACUAAGGUACCUAUUACAAUUGUUCAUGGAAGCAACUUGCCUAGAAUGGUCGUUACUGAUUUCUGUGUUAUUACGAGAUGCGAUGGCUGUCGUAAGGACAGUAAAUGCUGCCAAAUCUCACGAUCAGUCAAUCGAGGCUGUUUCAAGGCUUCGCCAAGGCCUGCUUAUUUUAACUUACUGGACGAAUACUGAGUGCCUAGGAUACAAAAACUUCAUGUUGGCAAUACAGAACCAGAUUUCCGUCCUAACAAAAAUUCUGGAAACGAAAAUCCAACACCAGCAAAUCAUAGAAUACCAGCAAGCCGUGUCCGCCAACUUGAACAGGGUGACCACCCCAAAACCGACGAGAUCUCGGAAGUCUAGCUCGAAUCAUGACGCCGGCAGCAAUCAGGGUACGUCGAGUGACAAGAUGGUGGCCAGCAUAGCUAGCAGUCAUUCCAAUGAAAGGCUAAACGAGGCUAAUUCAGGCCCAAGUACCGAUACCCUUACUAUGACGCAAAUGGCGUGGGAAGGCUUCUCUAUGGUUAUGGAGACGAUAAAUUGUAUCAAUAUAAAGUAUUUUCACCUUUAGAAGGAAUUCAUUAGACUAACUUGUAGAUACAUUUUUUUCAUAUCUAAAAGUAGGUAUCACUGUGUUCAUAUCAAUUGAGUUUUUGUAUUUUCAAUAAAAUAUUAUAAUUUUGUUGAAUUUCCAUACCUUAGCAAUAAGAGAUAAUCAAACACGCAUGGGUUAGG